UAAAAUGGUUAAGCACUCCCCUUCCCCAAAUCACUGGAAAUUUGUAGCGGGUGAAGGGACACUUCGCAUAGACGCCCUUGCUCUCAUCACGCCACUAAAGGUAUGAAGCGCCCAGAAAUUAAUAAGCACGACCCUUCAGCCGAACCAUCAGAAGAGAAGCAGAGUCUUCUUCGGACAGCUGAACAACUGAAAAUCAAAGGUUUAUGCGAAGUUAGCGAAUCGCAAUACGAACAGGAGUACUCUCCUUCGAUUAAACGCUACAAGCCAUAUCGCUCAAGAUCGCCAGAAAAUCGUUUUCCACCCGUUCAGGGAUCGCAGUCCAACACAUGCACUAGAAGCAACAAUUCUUCCUCCUCGCAAAGUAACACAAACCAAAGUGGACAAGACUCCAAAAGUGACCACAAAUCAUCGAGCAGAAGCCAUACUAUUAAUUCAGAGUCUGCUUCAAUCGACAAUGGAUCAUCUGUAGUUGUACUAGAGUCACGCGAUUUAACUCCGUCAUCGGGCAAGGAAGGAAAAGGCAAAAUGACGAGCCUCGGGAUGGGAGUGGGCAUAAACGGCUCCGUUAUGGGUGUGUCAAUGGGUUAUCUGGAUUUUGCUCCGGAACCCCCGGCACCGGCAGCGACCCCUGUAACAGAACACGUUGACAUUAAUUGUGCUCCCAGCCAUGACACACGUGACUUGUCCAGUAAGUACUCCAUUUCAAAUAACGGCGACAUCCGAGUGAAAUUUGAAACACUUCGUUCGCUUGAUCCACAAGAUGCUAUAACGUUGGAUAAUCAGGUAUCCCAUCAAGUACACCAAGUUCAAAAUCAGCAGCAGUUGCAACAUCAGCAGAUUUUGCAUCAACAACAUUUACUGCAGCAACAACAACAGCAGCAGCAGCAGCAGCAACAACAACAGCAAGUACACCGGCAAACUCCACAACCGCAACAACAACAAGUGGAACACCGUUUAUCACCCCAUCAACCAUCCCCGCAACAUCCACCGCAACAUCAGCAACAUGUUCUACUGAUCGAUCAGCAGUCCCAACACUCUCAACACUCUCACAGUCCAGCAUCGAAUGCUUCCAGUUCGUCCAGCCAACUUAAUCCGGAAAACCUUGUAACUAUAGCUUCCAGUAACGACAACGGUGCUUCGAUAGAUAAAUCGCGAAUUACACUAAAACAGGAAAUAAUAUCUGAAGUCGAUCAGCAACAUCAACAGCAGCAACAGCAACAACAAUCACAGCACCAGCAGCAACAAAUGGAAGUCGAACAGGAUCAAUCUUCGAUGCACGGCAUGGUGGUGACACCGGAAAUUUCGGGAAUGAUGAGUCAGAGUCAAAUGAGCGACAUUUAUCAGUCAGAUGCCAGCGAAGAUUCAAAGGUUGGAAUAUUGGAUGGGUCGUCAGUGCAGUAUACUAACCUGACGAGUCCUAACACGAGUGACCCUAAAACGCCAAGUGGACCCAAAACUUGGACUGCAGAAGAUAUGGAAUCAGCUCUUGAUGCAUUACGAACCCAUAACAUGAGUCUAACCAAGUCUAAAAAAACUAAAUUAAAGGCUUCCGCUACGUACGGUAUUCCGUCGACAACCCUGUGGCAGAGAGCACAUAGGCUCGGUAUUGACACACCAAAGAAGGAAGGACCAUCAAAAACGUGGAACGAAGAGUCACUGAACAGCGCUCUAGAGGCCUUGCGUACCGGAACAAUCUCAGCAAACAAAGCAUCGAAGGCGUUUGGGAUUCCGUCUUCCACGUUGUAUAAAAUUGCAAGACGCGAGGGAAUUCGACUGGCCGCACCGUUCAAUGCGGCUCCCACCACCUGGUCUGCGGAAGAUCUUGAUCGUGCCUUGGAAGCAAUUAGGGCUGGCCAAACAUCUGUACAGAAGGCGAGCACGGAGUUUGGCAUCCCGACGGGAACGCUGUACGGACGAUGUAAACGAGAAGGAAUUGAGUUGUCGCGAUCGAACCCAACACCGUGGUCUGAAGAUGCAAUGAUGGAAGCCUUAGAAUCAGUAAAACAAGGACACAUGUCGAUAAACCAAGCUGCAAUCCAUUAUAACUUACCGUACAGUUCACUGUACGGGCGGUUCAAGCGCGGCAAAUACGAUACACCAAAUAGCGCCAAUUCGUCACACUCGAAUCACGGCGGCGCCGGUGUAGGUGGAGGCAGCAAUGUAAUCGGAGGCAAUGUUGCGACUUCGGCAGCAACGAUGGCCGGCGUUACCAGCAGUCCUCAGAUGGAAUUUAAAAUUGAACCUCAACAUAAUGAGCAUAGUCCAGAAAACACGCAACAUUAUAAUCCUGCGCUAACAACAUCACUAACAUCGUCGACCGUGCCGCCAUUGACUCAAGCCGCCCACCAUAUCGUACAGUCACCGUCGCCAGUCAAUAUUCACAUCAUAAACAGUAACAACCAUCACCAGUUCCAACAAAAUUCUCCUCACCAGAUGGGAACGCCAACGCAUCAGCAGCAGCACCACCACCACCAACAACAACAACAGCAGCAGCAACUUAUUCAGCAUCACAUAAUUCCACAGCAGCAUAUUAUCUACCAGCAACCAUUGCAGCAGUUGCAGCAACAACCCCAGUACCACCCGAUGUAUCACAUAAUCAAACAGGAAAAUGACAGAAGUUGAAAGUAUCGUUAUUAGUAGUUGGUUUGAUCGUUUUCAUCCCCGUCUAAGGGUGUCUCAGCGUGUUUACAACCGAUGAACACGCGAGCUCGGCAAGAUGGUUCCUACACCAAGUGUGGAGAUUAUGAAAAUGAUUACACUACUUCUUGAUGCAAAACAGUAACAAUAAAGAAUAAACAAAAUAUAAUGGUAACAAUAACGUUAGCAGGAGUCGUUUUCCAAAUGGUACCCUAGAAGAAAACUAGAGAAAAACGAGAUUCUUCCACCGUGUUUACAUACACCCACAAAAACUCACACAUACAUACACACAGAAAAAAACAUACCAACUAAAGAUAAAGCGUUGCAGUCGAGGUGGAAAAGUUGUUAUUGUUUAUUACCACAGAAGCUUUCGUAUUAUUCUUUGAUAUGCUAAAAAAUAAUGUUGCUAUUCAGUUUGUUUAUCAGAGAGCUCAAUUUCCCGAGGGUUUUGCUUGAUUACGGUGUGCACUACUGCACCAGACUUCAAAUUCCAUCGGCCAACGAUCCUUAAACGUUAUGCGUUAGAAACUACAACCAAAAUGUGUACAGGUAUAUUUCGAGAGGAGUCGAUCCGGGUUGGGGCUCCAUCCCACAAGUACUCCCCCUUACCUUGCGUGAUCAAAGAUUUCCAACAAACAAUUUCAAACAUAUUUUUCGGCCUGCUAAAUGACGAGGUGAAAAUUGCUUGCUGAUAAAACAAAUCAAUCCUUUUGUCUGGUAACAAAUGACCACUUUUAUGUUAAAGUCACCUUGAUUCAAUAAACAACAAAAAUUCGUUUCGUUAUUCUUGAAGACAUGCUAACAUUUUUUACAAAAGAGUAAUCAGAAUUAAAAUUUCUAAUUUAAAAAAUAGAGCAGUUUUUAAAACUAGGUUUUUUAAUUCCUAUUUUAUUAUUACUUCCGUUACAUUUAAGUUUUCCAAAACUCACCCUUAUCGGACCUUCUUCCUCGUAAACCAACUGUAUGGCGGCGGCCUGUGAAUGAUCUAAUCAAACGAGCUUAAGCGUGCCAUUCGCGUGGCGUUGAAUGCAAUACAGUGUUUUCGGGACUAAAGAAGCGUUCUAGAUGUUUACGGGUUACAUUUAUGCACCUAACUUUUUUUUUUUGUAAGAUGCGUUCAAUUUAUGUUUAACCAAAUAAUAUUAAACGACACAGAUUCAGGUAGUAAACAGCAUUAACAUGCGCGUAUGAAAAUCUUUAAAGGAAACCUUCAGAAUAGUAAAAAACAUUACUUUUUGAACUGCACGGAGGAGCUUUGUCCUAUUCUGUGUUUGAGACGAGAGUCUUCAGCAAAUGGCAAACAUUUUACAGCGAUUCGAAUGUUAAUGGUCAGUAGUGUAGCUAUUCAAUGAUUCUACUGAAGGGUAAUUGUGUUGAAGACACAUUUCUAGAAAAUUUAAGAAUUUCACACGUACAGUUCAAAGUAACAGCAAAGCUGUACAUUGUACGAGAGAACAAUAGAAUGUUUCAAAACAUAUGUGUACCAAGAGGUAACCGAAAAAUUGAUUUGUAGGUCAGAGUGCAAUGGUCGGUUAGCUGAGAUUCGAAAUUAAAAGCAGCGAGAUUGAAGAAACAGCAUUAUAAGAAUAGUAUAAACUAUAGAUUCUAGAUUUUAUUAUACAUGAAAAUAGAGAAGAAAUAAUUGGAUAAAAAAGCGAGUAAAAGCUGCGAGUAAAACUAGCGUUAUCUGAGAUUGAACGAUUUGAAAUCAAUGGACAUCUAUGAAGUGUAGGUAGAUAGGGACUUUUUCUUCACAAGACUAGAAGAAACACACACUUCCUAUAUCAUAUAUUUUAUUUAUGAGAACACAAGAACAUAUAUUACAUAUUUUACCACACUAAAGCAAAACGAGAAUUCGUUGCAAGAACUGAAAGACUUUUGCAUUGUAAGUUUAGUAGGUUCUCAUACGUAUCAACAGGCCGAAGAAAAACAAAAAAAUGUAGCAUUUAGUUGUUAGUAAACACAGACCAGACCCCCGCAAAAUGAAGUAAAACAAAAAUCACCCACACUCAUACGUGAAUGUAAAAUAAUUGUAUUAAGUAAACUGGUAUGCGAUUUUAGCAUCAAUCGCACUAAAAUAGCAACAAAAAGAAAGUGAAUACAAGAUUGUUGAUUGGCAAUUGGCUGUCAUGAAAUUUA